AUGGAGUCAGGGAAGAAUGCUCACCGCCUGAACCGCAUCUUCCGCAAGCCCAAGACGAUGGUGGCCCCACGUGCCUGGCGCCCAGCGGCAGAUGGAGAAGGCGAACGGCAGCAGCCUUUCAGCGGUGUUUCGCUUCAACGGAUAAACGCCAUGAUCAGCGAACUCUCCGAAGAGGAGCGAACUCGGGCGUUGGCCCAACAGGAUCCCCCAACAGUCGUACAAGAGGAACUCGCCAAACGGGCGGCGCGAUUUGGCCUCACAAUAGAGCGAGCAGACGCGGGCAACAAUGAAAAGACGGCCUCGAGUGAAAUUACACCAGAGGUGCAGGCGGUGUUUCAGAGACGCAUGGAGCGAUUUGGGCAGUCCGCGGCGGAGGAAGCCAUGCAAAAACGCGUGGCUCGGUUUGGUAAUGCAGCCACGUCUGCUGAAGGCCCCGGAGUGGAGCUGAAGUUGUCGGAAGCGGAUCGUGAGGCAAUGCAGCGCAGGCAGAGCCGCUUUGGGGGCUAA